GUCCAAUCGAGCAUCCGAGGCUGCCCUCUGUGCUCGACUGCGAACAUGGCGUCGGCACUCACUGUCUCGUACGAGCUCCAUCCUCCGCCUGAGACACCUCAAGAGGGGUUACAGGCUCAGAAAACACACACCUUCCCUGUACCAUCCGAGAAGAAGGGCAAGGAGUAUUAUGAAAGCCUGAGGAAGGCGGUCGCAGAAGCCAGGAGCACGUUCGGGGAGGAGCUGACCGCUUGGAGGGAUGCAGUCGGUGCAAGAGAGCAGACGAAAGAAAGCAAGCUACCGAAGAAGAACGAGGAUGAAGACGAGGAUGAGGAUGAGGAGCAAGAAGAUCAGUAAUAAAGAUUGAACUCGGGC